AUGGCUCAAUAUGUCACAAAUCCGGAGAUCACGAUGCAUGAUCCUGAACAGCUUCUAUCUGAAUCGGCCGAACUAUCUGAACCACCUGCGAAGCGCCUGCGGAUCACGCACAAAGCCUUUGAUACAACCUCGACACCAAUCACUUUGGGAAAUCUAGAGCAAAAUGGUCCUGGAUCCAAUACAUUCCUAUCUCAAGGUCCUCAUAUGGUUGCUGCAGAAGAGAGACUAUAUAAUGGCGUGAGUAGUAGUACUCCGAAUGAAUCGACCACCUCUACGGAUUUGACAUCUUCAUUUGAGCCGAAAAUGUCCACAUCGCCCGCGCCGAAUUCCCUCCGUUCUAUUCCUACACAAUCGUUUGUUUUCGGUCCGAAUGUACUCGAGAGUGGGCAAGUCGAUUUAUCCAAGUGCCGACCUCGAGGGUCUAUCCCAUCUAAAAUUCAUCCUUCUGUUUACGGCGAGCAAUGCGUUAGAGCGGCUUAUGCAUCCCGAUUGAACCCCUAUGCUCUUCACCGACAAGAACAAGAAUUCCUACAAGAUCAUCUCUGCCAUGUUCACGUCACGAUCUACCUCAACAUCCGAAAUGGGAUUUUGUUACUUUGGGGCAGAAAUCCGAUGGUCGCUGUCACCAGGGAGGAAGCACUCGGAUGUGCAAAAGAUUAUCGCUGGAUGAACCUGGCCUCAUUUGCUUACGACUGGCUGGCACGCAAUGGUUACAUCAAUCACGGUUGUGUGGAGGCCCCAAUGGCCCCAGUGAAGCCCAAACGCGGAAGACGAAAGGAAGGACCUACAAUUGUUGUAGUAGGUGCUGGAAUGGCAGGUCUAGGAUGUGCACGUCAAUUGGAGAGUCUUUUUCGCCAAUACCGUGAUUCCAACACCCUGCCCCGUGUUAUUCUCCUUGAGGGACGUCGAAGGGUUGGCGGUCGGAUCUAUUCACACCCUUUGAACAGCCUCAAGUCGGAAAGUUUGCCUGAUGGGCUUGUCCCAAAGGCAGAAAUGGGAGCUCAAAUUAUCGUUGGUUUUGAUCACGGAAACCCGCUGGACCAGAUCGUUCGUGGCCAGCUAGCGCUUCAUUAUCACAAAAUCCGGGACGUUUCGACGAUCUACGAUAUCGACGGAUCGCCCGUGAAUGAGAAUCAAGAUGCGAUGGCUGAAAAACUCUACAAUGAUAUACUCGAUCGAACCGGAUUUUAUCGUCACAAAGCAAAGAUUUUGCCAACUGCCGAGGGAAACCGCGAGAUGAUCGAUGCUGGCCGUGAAUCCGUAAUCGAUGAUGGGCUCACUGUGCGACAGUACGAAGAGGCAAGGGCGGCUGGUACAAUCGAUCUAUUGGUCCCAACCAAGCGAGUUCGACGAGGCAUCAAACACAAGACUGCAGAAAACGAGCCAUCCAUUGAUGUUGUGAGCGACCUCGCGGGAAACUCAGAUGAUGACCCGGCAGCUUUGACCUGCCAGGCUACUGGAUGGAAGCUCAACCCUGGUUACACAGUGAGCGACACAAUUGAAUUAGACCAGAUUGCCAAGGUUUCUCCGACGCAGACUCUUGGUGCAGUGAUGGACGAGGGCGUCAAACAAUACCAACGCAUGCUUCCGUUAACACCCAAGGAUAUGCGAUUGAUGAACUGGCAUUUCGCCAAUCUCGAGUACUCCAAUGCAACCAAUGUGAACAAACUCAGCUUAUCGGGAUGGGACCAAGAUAUCGGUAAUGAGUUCGAGGGCGAGCAUUCUCAAGUGAUUGGAGGUUAUCAGCAACUACCAUAUGGGCUGUACAACCUGCCAGAAAAGCUCGAUGUUCGCACCCGGAAAAUUGUCACUGGUAUCUCUUACGAUAUCACUGGAACCAACAAGAAUAAAAAAGCAGUGGUGAAGUGCGAGGACGGGGAAACAUUCACGGCCGACCAUGUCGUAUUCACAGGCUCUCUUGGAGUCUUGAAACAACAGAAAAUCAACUUCGAGCCUCCUCUUCCCGACUGGAAACGGGGUGCAAUCGAGAGACUGGGCUUCGGAGUCAUGAACAAGGUUGUCUUGGUCUUUGAACGGCCAUUCUGGGAUACAAAGCGGGACAUGUUCGGCCUUCUUCGAGAACCGACGGACCCUGCCACCAUGGUGCAGGAACACUAUGCUGCAAACAGGGGCCGUUUCUAUCUUUUCUGGAAUGUCAUGAAGACCACUGGAUUGCCAUGCUUGAUUGCUCUCAUGCCCGGCGAUGCAGCCCACCAGGCUGAAUCUACACCAGAUGAAGAGAUCAUCCAAGAGGUAACUGGCCAGCUUCGCAAUGUGUUCAAACACACCACAGUCCCCGAUCCUCUUGAAACCAUCAUCACUCGAUGGGGUCAAGACCCCUUCACAUACGGCAGCUACUCCUACGUGGCUGCGGCAGCCUUGCCAGGCGAUUACGAUCUUAUGGCCCAACCAAUCGGCAACCUUCACUUUGCCGGCGAAGCCACCUGUGGUACGCACCCAGCAACCGUCCACGGAGCCUACCUGUCCGGCCUACGGGCAGCAUCAGAGAUCAUAGAGCCCAUAGCCGGACCCAUCGUCAUGCCUCACCCCUUGGUCCCAGAAAAAUCAAAAGUGGCUCGAAGCAAAUCCUCCACGCCAACCGGCCAAACCAAGAUCAAACCGCGAGUCUCCUCAUCCGCCACCCCCGAAACUCCAAAUAGCCAAUCAAAACUCCCAACCUCCACCUCCCGAAAACCAGUAUCAUCCGAACAAACCCGUCGCGAUGCUUACGACCAGGCCCUCUGGACAACAAUCUACGCCGAAUUAGGCCCAGCCCCAAUACGCCCCACAAAAUCGGGCCUCAACCCUUUCCUCUUCUACCAAAAAGACUACUGGACCCAAUGCCGCGAGCAUUGCGACGAACUCCGCCGCAAAUCAUCAAAUAAUCCCAAGGCAAAGGCUCCACGGGACGAAAUCCGCGCCGCACUCGGCCAGAUGUGGCGCUCUGCCACGCCCGCCGAGAAACAGCCGUAUCUUGACCAGACGGAAGAGAAUCGCCGCUCAAAUGCCGAGGCUUGGGAUAAGUGGAAAGUUGACGUUGCUGAGUGGGAGGCCGCCACUUUCCUCGUUAAGGACCGCUGGUGUGCGGAGAAUCCCUUCGAGAGCUGGGUCAUGCCGGAUUACCUUGCUGAAGGCACUGUGCAGCCUGUGCCGGUGCUUGGUACGGCUUUUGCGGCUGUGCCUGGUUUGAAGACUGAGAAAUGA